AUGCACCUUGCGGAGAUUCACUGCAUUUUUCUCGCCAUUGCGACUACGUUGGCUGUGUUCAACAUUUCAAAAGCUUUGGAUCCUGUCAAUGGAGAGGAUAUCACGUUCAUCAGUCAUCCACAGCCAUCUAGGUGUAAAAUCGAGCCGAGGUCGAAGAUGAUGAAGGAUAUGGUUUCAGGACAGGCGGAGACGUUGAAGAUCCUUAUGGAUCCAAUGCUCGUCAUUACGUAA